UGGUAUAUACUGAUACUGAUUCUCUUAUAUUACUUAUUCGAACUGAAAAUGUUUAUAAAGAUAUGGCAGAGAUGCAUGAACAUUUUGAUUUUAGUGAUUAUAAGCUGGAACAUCCUAUAUACAAAGCUCUCAAUAAAGAAAAUAUUAUUUUGAAUAAAAAAGUUUCUGGUAAGUUUAAGGAUGAAA